AGAAAACAUUUGGUCACACUGGUUCCCUGCAUGGCCAGGGGUUGCGGAUGAUGCAGCUUUUAGAGUGCUCAGGAACAGAAUUGUCGUGUUCUAUUUCAGCCUUCAGGUGGCGAUGAUGAUCUAAAGACUUAUAUUGUACUUACACAAAGAUCAAAGAAGAGGACGAACCGAGGCGGAUAUACUUGUCCAAAAUGAUCGGAGAUAUUCUAAUUUUGGGCACUCUGCUCAUGAACGCUGGCGCUGUGCUCAACUUUAAACUAAAGAAGAGGGAAACACAGUCUCAAGGCUUUGGCGAUGAGUCUGGAUCAUCCAGUACUGGUGACAACAUCAGAGAGUUUUUGCUGAGUCUACGGUACUUUCGCAUAUUCAUUGCCCUUUGGAACAUUUUCAUGAUGUUUUGCAUGAUUUUGUUAUUUGGAUCAUAAUACGUGGCUGUUACAGUGAGGAUAACUACAGACAAAAUACAUAAUGAUUGGGCAGAUUUCUUUUAAUGGUUAUUUUUAGUGCGGGGUGUCUUUAAGUCUUAUACAUAGUCUUAUCCAACGUCUUAAAAGACGUCUGUAUAUUUUGUACAGAAGUGUGUAUGGUUAAUAUUGCUUUAACUUUCUUUGAAUCAAAUGAGGACAGAGCAUAUGGGAAUUAGUUUUUGUUUUAAAUAAAAAUGUCAGUGUGAAA